AAAUCAACCCUCUCCUACCCUUCUCUCUUUAAAUCCUUGAAAAAGCAAGAAGAACGCGUUCAACCUGUCCUUGAAACGAUAAAAAACAUCAAAGUUUUUAAACUAGUUUUUGGUCGGUUUGGUUUGGUUGAUCGAUGGAUUGAAACAAAGACAAUUUUCACCUGAUAUUUUAGUUUGAAGACGAUCAACAAGUGUGUUGUCUUUUUUGUCUAGAGAAGAAUGUCUUGUUCAUCAUCAAUGGAAACCAAAUAUAAUUUCAAUGAUAAAGUAGCGAUUGUAACUGGAUCAAGUUCAGGAAUUGGUGCUGAAAUUGCUAGACAAUUUGCUCGUAAUGGUGCUCAAGUAACAAUUACUGGUCGUGAUUCGAAUGCAUUACAAUCGAUAGCUGAUGAAAUUGAAAAAGAAUUCAAUCGAAAACCAUUGCAAAUUAUUGGUGAUUUAGUAGUUGAUCAAUCUACGUUACCAUUCAGAUUAAUCAAUGAAACGAUUUCUGCGUUUGGACGUUUAGAUUUUCUCGUUAAUAAUGCUGGUGGUGGUUCACCAUAUGAUAGUCUUUUGAACGAGAAUCUUAUGCAAGGUUUUGAUCAAGUUUUUACACUAAAUGUACGAUCGGUGGUUUAUUUAACACAAUUGGCGGUACCAUAUUUGGAAAAAACUUGUGGAAAUAUUAUCAAUAUUUCUAGUAUGGCUUCAAUAAGACCGCAUUCGAUCCUGUAUAGUUCAUCAAAAGCUGCUGUGGAUAUGAUAACAAAAACAUCAGCACAAGAACUUGGUGGUAAAGGAAUUCGUGUUAAUUCAAUUAAUCCGGGUUCGGUAACAACACGUUAUGCACGUUCGAUUGGCCUGCCUGAAACAAUUCUCUCAGAUUAUGAAGAUGAUAUACGAGAAAAAACUAUAUUAAAAUUUGUACCAAAACCAAUUGAAAUAGCAAAAUUAGCAAUGUUUUUAGCAUCGGAUGAUGCUAGAAAUAUGACCGGUUCAAAUAUUGUUACCGAUAGUGGUUCUUUGUUAAUGAAACCAUAUUAAUUUGAAUUAAGAAUU